UCCACCUCCUCCUCCUCCUCCUCUCCAUCUCUGCAGGACCACCGUCCUCCGAUCAGUCGAUCUCCUGCUUCUCCCUCCAUCCGACUCCCAGGGCUCAGAGGAGGAGACGACGAGUGGAGCCCAAGACGAUGGAUGAUGGACAUACACUGGGUCUGAUGUCUCAGCUCAGGAGGAGAGUUCAUCCUGCCAUGUGUGACCCCUGACCUCUGACCUCUGACACACACCUCUGAGGGGGGAUGGAGGGAGGAGGAGAGGAGUCUGAACCAUCCUCAGAUCUGGACACAUCCUCUGGGAGACCAGGAGGACCAGUUUCAGGGGGUCCAGGAGCACCAGUUUCAGAAGGACCAGGAGGACCAGGUACAAGAGGUCCAGGGGGACCAGGUCCAGGAUGUCCAGGAGGUCCAGGUCUAGGAAGCUGCAGACCAAAUGGCCUCAUCGACACGCACAGCCAAUGUCCAGAGCCUCAGGAAGGUCCUCAUUACCAGGCCCAGGUCCUGGUCCCAGUAGACUCCUCUUAUUGUCAGGAGUGGGGAGGUGGUGCCCCCCAGCUCCUGAACCCCAGCGCCCUCCUCCCCCAUCAGAUGGCCUCCCCACGUCUCCUGCUGUGCUCGGAUGGUGUCCUGAAGGUGUGGGGUGAGGCAGCGCUCAGCGACUGCUGUGAGACCACCUUCAUCGAAGGCCUGCCUCCGAACUUUGCUUCCUCCAGCGCCGCCACCAAAGAGGCAAUGCUGUUCACUGACGGGAAGUUUAUGGACUUCAGCGAGGAGGACGUGAAGAUCCAGACGCUGUCGCACGAUAUCGAUGACGACGACGAGUUCCAGGAGUUGGAGAGCGACUACUCCAGCGAAUCAGAGAGCGAGGACGCCUUCCUGCUGAUGCCUCCCAGAGACCACCUGGGCCUCAGCGUCUUCUCCAUGCUCUGCUGUUUCUGGCCACUCGGCAUCGCCGCCUUCUACCUGUCACACGAGACCAAUAAGGCAGUGUCCAAAGGCGACUUUCACCUGGCCAGCUCCAGUUCAAGGCGGGCUCUCUUCCUGGCCGUACUGUCAAUCACCAUCGGGACAGGGAUCUACGUGGGCGUGGCUGUGGCGCUCAUUGCUUACCUGUCCAAGAACCACCACUGGUAGGACUUACCCAUCAGCCCCGGGAGCGGACAGGGCAGGUGGGCGGAGCCUGAAGCCUCUGGUGAUUGGACAUGAACUUGUUUUUGUGUUUGUAAUCUAACAACGGUUCAGUUAAAUGUGACUCUGAGUCGGUGUGAACGUCUUGGUUUGAUUGUUUCUGCUUUUUUCAUUCUGUCUUUAAUGGGUUUAGUUUGUGGCGCCUUUGUCUGCAGGUGAAAUGUUUCUGAGGGAACCGGGAUUUGACCGGAGGAAUAAAACUACAGGUGUGAAAGUACAUGUAUGAAACUACGCUGACACGGUGUGGGGAUAAUGUCUAUUAAAGUAAAGGACAAUGGAGCUUGUUGUGUGAAUCCUCUUCUUCCAAAACCAAACUGAUCUCAUUCAGAAACAACAUGAAUCUGAAACAUGAAUCACACGAGUCUUAUGACAGAAUGUGGACAAGACUCACAUCGUGUCCACACUAACACAGAUAUUUGUAUAAACACUGACACAUAAAUAUUUUUCUUCUAUUUAACUGAAUUCCAUCAACACAAUCUUUGUUUAACUAAUUAUGUUGACUCCAACCAUGUCCAACAUCUGGUCCUGUGGACACCGUGGAUAAUACUGUCCAUGGUUGUUGUUGUCCAACC